AUGGAGAUUUCAUUCAAAGGCAAAGAAGCUCUGGUCACCGGAGCAGGAAAAGGGAUUGGCAGGGCCACUGCUCUAGCUCUGGCACUUUGCGGUGCAAAUGUCACGGCGCUCUCACGCACUCAGGCUGACCUGGACAGUUUGGUGAAGGAGUGUCCAUCCAUCGUCCCUGUGUGUGUAGACCUGGCAGACUGGAAAGCCACAGAGGCGGCCCUCAAAAACGUUGGCCCGAUUGAUCUGCUCAUCAACAACGCAGCAUGUGCCAUACGCCAGCCAUUUCUUGAGGCCACACCUGACCAAUUUGACCAGUCUUUCAAUGUGAACGUGAAAGCGGUGCUGAAUGUAUCCCAGAUAGUGGCUCGUGGGAUGAUCGCAAGAGGCUAUGGGGGCUCCAUUGUAAAUGUGUCUAGUAAAGCGUCACAGCGUGCACUAAAAAACCACGCAGUGUACUGUGCCACGAAAGCAGCACUGGACAUGUUGACGAAAGCCAUGGCUCUGGAACUGGGACCACAUCAGAUACGUGUCAACAGUGUGAACCCCACUGUGGUGAUGACUGAAAUGGGCCGACAAGGUGGUUGGAGUGACCCCGAGAAAGCCAAGACUAUGACAUCUCGCAUCCCGCUGGGCCGCUUCGCAGAGGUGGACGAAGUGGUGAACAGUAUUUUGUUUCUACUGAGUGAUAAAAGCACAAUGACGAAUGGAGUAUCUCUGCCACUGGAUGGAGGUUUCCUUGCCUGGUAA